AUGUCCCACAAGCAAUUCAGUACGCGCCUGGACAUUCUAGACGAUCUUCCCUUACCGGAGUAUACGAUCACCUCCUAUGGUGUGCGCACUCAGUUCCCCAUUAUACCCGCAGACGUCCUCCUCCCGGUGCAAAAUGCGCGGAUUCAAUCGGACCCAACGUGGGCCCUGCUCUGCGAAUGCGAGACCCAUUACCAGCACGUCUACCUCGCGCUGCUUCGCUGCCAAGACGCGGCAGGGCACCUCAUCGCCCUACCCCUCUGUGUCCCAACGAACGCCUUCAAGGAGGACGCGAGGGAGGUCUUCCUCGUGGGCACGCGCGUGGACGCCUGCACGACCUGCACACGGCCGUACCGCACCUGGUCCGUCUCCCCGCGCGCGCUCGCCCGUGUACGCUCGCACAUCGUCGUUGCGGAACUGCGCGUCCGACGAAGCCCGCUGCGCGCGCUGGCGCUCCUCGGGCCGCGCUUCAUCCCGAAACAAAUGAAGAUCGCGAGGGUCGUGCUGCAGUCGCGCUGCGUCGCGGCGCUGGCCGCGCAGGGCUACCAGCUCGGCGCGCCGCAGCGCGCGGACAACCCCCUCUACCGUGUGCACGCGUUCACGUUCCUUCGCGCAACGCGGACGCGGGGGUGCGCACGCCUCACGGUGCGCGUCAUGCAGUGCAUGCAGCGCGGCUCGGACGCGGUCGAGUUCCGCGUGGGGAACCAGGUGAGCGAGCUCGCGUGUGAGGAGGUCAUGGACCGCGACUCGCCGCUGCUCCCGGUCGCAUUUGUGGACUUGGAGUAUGUGAACCGCAGGCCGGGGGCAUGGGCGGUUCCAAUCCCGGGGGGCAUGGCGUGGUCAGAACCCUACGACUGA